UAAUCCAUUUAGUUGCUUGUUAACAAUCAUCCUUUGUGUGUCGGCUCUGUGGUUCUGAAAAAAACGAGUUUUUGCUUUUUUUGUUUUUAGUCGGUGUGGUUUUUGAUACUAAACUGCGUCAUUUUGUAAAAUAAUUUCAAUUUUCGUCUGAAGUCAGAUUUGUACUUAUUGAAUUGAAAAGUGAAACAAAACAAUUACAAUGGCCGGUGAUCACGAGAAGGUACUUACCACUAUCCGAAAUGGUUUUCAGAGUGGCAAAACGUUGCCGCUAUCGUUUCGCAUUGAGCAGCUUAAAAGUUUGCACCGGAUGUUCGUUGAGUCGAAGGACGAAAUUUUGGAAGCUUUGAGAAAGGAUAUGAAGAAAGCUCGGCUGGAAGCUACUCUCUACGAAAUUGAAAUUGUUCAGAAUGAAUGCUCUGGUCUGAUCAGAAAUCUGACGGAUUUAGCCAAAAAUACUCCAUUGCCCAUGAACAUGCUGGCAAUAUUGGAUAAUGGAUACAUUAAGAAGGAACCAUACGGAGUCGUUCUCAUUUUGGGAGCAUGGAACUAUCCGUUUUUGUUGACGCUGCAACCAAUGGCCGGAGCUAUUGCAGCCGGUAAUUGUGUGAUUGUGAAACCAUCCGAAUUAUCUUCACACUCAGCUGCCACCAUGGCUCGUCUCAUACCAAAAUACUUAGACCCGGAGUGCUAUCACGUUGUUCUGGGUGACGUUGAUGCUACGAAAAGUCUGUUGAAGAAUAGAUUCGACUAUAUUUUUUGCACCGGAUCGCCAACGGUGGGUAGAAGCGUUAUGGCCGCAGCAGCGCCAAAUUUGACUCCGGUCACACUGGAGCUCGGUGGAAAGAGUCCUUGCUACAUCGAUGAGAGUGCUGACUUUUUCAUCGCAUCGAAGCGAAUUCUCUGGGGAAAGUUCAUGAAUCUUGGGCAAACGUGCAUCGCACCCGAUUACAUCCUCUGUUCGAAGAAGGCCGAAAAGGCUUUUCUCGAUGUCGCGCACAAGGUCAUGGAAGAGUGGUACGGUGAAAAAUUGCAAGAGAAUCCGGAUAUGCCACGAAUUGUCAAUGCUAGGCAUUUCAACCGUUUGCAAGGUCUGUUGGAGUCUACGAAAGGAACGUUGGUCUUCGGCGGUAAAUAUGACUCCGAUGACCUUUGGAUUGAACCGACAAUUAUUGCCGAUGUCACGGAGAGAGACUCAUUGAUGCAAGAAGAAAUAUUCGGCCCGAUCUUACCCAUUGUGUCCGUAAAAUCGGUGGACGAUGCAAUUGAAUUUAUCAACAAAAAACCGAAACCUUUGGCACUGUACACGUUCGCCAAGGACGACAAAGUGAACAAAAGAAUUAUUGCGAAAACCACUUCUGGUGGAGUGUGCGUCAACGACGUAACCUGGCACUCAGCCUGGCAAGGAUUACCAUUCGGUGGUGUCGGUGAUAGCGGCAUGGGAGCGUACCAUGCGGAAUUUUCGUUCGAUACAUUCUCGCAUAACCGAUCGGUGUUGGUCAGAUCGUUCAGUGCGCUGAGCGAGAAACUGGGCGAGGCUCGCUAUCCGCCGUAUACCAACAGUAAAAUCCGCAUUUUCCAGUUCAUUUUGGGCAAUUUUCACAAAUUUAACGUUAAGUGGGGACGGAUAUUUUCGCAUUUUUUUGCUGCGGCUCUAGGAGCUGCUACGGUGUUGGCAUUUUUUUACUUAAGUAAGAUCCGCAACUAAGUUCCAACAUUUAUUCUAUCGCUUACCAUUAUUGUCUUUGUCUUCUAAAAUUCGAAAUACAUUUUUACUCUCAUAAUACGAA